CGGUCGGACCCAGAUGCAACGAAGCGGGUUUACGGGCCACCCCGGUCGAUCCGACCCGACUAGAUAUCCGCCACAAACAAAAGCGGAAGGGUAUAUGAAACGACGUCGUUCUCCUCGGAACGCUGCAUUAAAUUACAAUAAUACUAAUUGCCACCAACGCCCACGGUAUUCUCCCUCUCUUCUAAACCCCCAGCGACUCGAUCCUCCUGCGAAGGCUAUCGCGAUCUCCCUUCUACGGUCUCUUCCCGAGUUCGAUACGGAGGGUUCUUGUGGUAGAUUAGUCUGUCUGGUUUGUUGAAGCGGUGACGACAAGUGAGAAUGCCGUGAUUGUCGUUGUGUAGGAGAUGGCGUCGAAGCUGCACCAGUUUGGAUCCAAGGCUGUUCAGGUCUCGGAAUUCAUUUCCAAGCAUGGAAAAGCUUACUAUGAAGAGCUGCUCGAGAAGAACAAGCAGCACAUUGUUCAACCACCAACCAUCGAGGCGUGCCAGGAUCUGUCGAAAAAGCUCUUCUAUACUCGUCUUGCGAGCAUUCCUGGUCGUUAUGAAUCCUUCUGGAAGGAGUUGGAUGGUGUGAAGCACAUCUGGAGAAACAGGAAGGAGCUCAAGGUCGAGGAUGCUGGCAUUGCUGCUCUGUUUGGACUCGAGUUGUAUGUGUGGUUCUGUGUGGGUGAGAUAGCGGGAAGAGGUUUCACUUUUACUGGCUACUAUGCCUGAGCAAGUCGACCUCUGAAUCUCUUCAUUUUUUCCUGCUUCUAAGAAGACGAAGACGCAAUCAGGCUUCUGAUCACCUCACUCUUGCAAAAGUUUUCACCCAUAGAUUUUAUAAGCUGAUGGUGAGCGAGAAUGACGAGCAUAAUUGCCUCAAUAAUCAGCUCGCUUCUUUCUCCUGUCUGUUUUACAUGUGUUGGCUGUAGUCAAAUACACUUGCACUAACUGACCUCACUCGAUCCAAUGCGACUAGGUUGGAUGACAUUGUACAUCGUUCUAAAGAUCUUCAAGCCAACUCUAAAUUUGAAAUCAUCUCUUUUUCUAAA